GCCGGCCAGAACGAUCUCAAGAACGAUGCAUCUAACCAUUCGGAACGUCCAAAGGACUAAGGCGAUGAUUUUGGGUGAACCCCUCGUAUAGAUUUCGAGGAUGGUCGAUUCCUUGGAACCCCCUCAAACCUUGUACGAAGGAAUCUCCCCUCUCCUCGCCCGAUACGACGACAAAAAGCACAAGUGCGAUAUCACAGAUCUACCGAAGUCCGUAUUGACACCCGCAAAAGAAGUACGGCUGCUACGCCUGGGGGCGGAAGCCAAUUCUUUGGAACCCCCUGGGCAUCUCGAGGCUGAAUCAGACGAGCUCGGAGUAAAGAUCACAACUAAAAUCGUACCAUGGCAAGAUAUCUGCGAUGGGAUCACCCCGGAAGGACACGUGGCCAUCCGGGAGGAAGACGCCCAGAUGAUGGCCACGGUGUUCUCCUGGCGAUCGGACCAUUCAUUUAUCUCUGCGCCACCGCCCGAUGUGGCGAAACAAGCACGCACGAAGCAGAUCGACGUACGGAUCUGGGACCAGCUUUUUGAGUUACACGUGCCACAGUACGUACCUGAUGAAAUUCAUCGUUUGAUUGCGGACAUUCUGACGGAGUAUCAGGGAGCGAUUAGCGUCGCGGCGGUGAGAGAAGCUCCAGUUCCCACGUCGCUGACGCAGGUUCGAGCCUUCUUGGGGUUGGCAUCGUACUAUCGCCGUUUCAUCGAAGGCUUCGCCGCGAUUGCACGGCCACUAACGAACCUGUUACGAAAGGACCAGCCUCUUAGUUGGGAUGCGGAGUGUGAGCAGGCGUCCGCGACCCUCAAAGACGCUCUGGCGACGGGACCUAUUUUGAUCCGACUGGACCCCUCGAAACAGUUCAUUCUUAUCACGGACUGGCAACCGGAAGCUAUUUCUGCUAUUUUAGCGCAGAAGGGGAACGGUGGUCGUGAGCACGUCAUCGAGUACGCGUCGCGGACGGUGCCAGACGAACGGAGGAGUGACUCAGCAACCCAAGGCGAAUGCUAUGCGUGGCGAACGGGAGUGGAGGGAGAUCUACUCGGAUUCCUCUUCGGAUCGGUGCGGCCCGAUUAUCGCCAAUUGAUCGUGCAGGAGCUAACGGUCCCCCUUGCGCAGCUGGCCGACGAUCUCCCACUUGAGAUCGUCUCGCAGAGCGACGACAACCCAGUCCUGCACGUUCUCACGCGGACCUUGGCGCCAUAUCUUCAGUGGUCGGCGUGCUUGGAGGAACCGGGAAGCGGCCGCAACCCACCAUCACAGCGCGGUUAUCUGGACCCGCACGAGAUAGUCGAUCUCGCCUUCUUUCAAGAUCGGACGGCUUCCGAGAACGAGGAGGUAGAGAUUGAAGCGGAAGAAGAAAGCUCGAAAGAAGAAGAAGAAGCCGAAGAAGAGGCCGACGAGGAAGAAACUCCCGAAGAGGGGAGUUACAGUGAGCAUAGCGAAGGGGAGCAAAGUGAGGAGGAGGAGGAAGAAGAACAAGGCGACGACGAAGAAGAAGAAAAUCAGGAGGAGCUGGAAGAGUCGGAGUGGGAAGAAUUCGAGGAGGAAGUGCGUGACGAGGCUCGGGCGCAGGCCCAGGCGCAGAAGAGGGAAGAGAUCGCGAUUGGGAAGCGACAGUUGGAAUUCGCCAGCGUAGUUGGUAAGCCACGCACCGACGAUCCGGCCCGAGAUCCGGAGCCACCUAAGCCCGAGGAUGGGGACCCAGCUGCUGAGACUUUGGUCGCACCGGCAAGACGGCGACGAAGCCGAUCCUCCUCCCCCUCCGCACCCGAUCGCCCACCAACUCGUCCACGUACCGAUGCGGGGAAUCGGGCUUUGUCCCCGGUCAUUAUCCCGCCGUCCCCUUGACCACCUCUCUUUCCGCCAAAUUACCACUC